UGUAGCUGCCAGUGGGCUUGGUUCCACUACAGCAUGGUGCUGUUUCCCUCCUCUCCCCGAUGACAACGCUCUUCUGCACUGAUUUAUGGGCGCUCGAACUCGCAGGGUCACUCGUUCACGGCGCUUCUCGACCUCUGGCCUCCGUCCAACACACUGCACUCGUAAACUACCCAACACACACACACACACACACACAGAGAGAGAGAGAGAGAGAGAGUUAACAGGGGGUUGGACAGACAAGGAGGAGAGAAACACACAAAUAAACCAGAGAGAACGUUCCCCAUUCCUGCUCUUCUUGUUCAUAUAGUUCUUUAUUUAUUAAUUCUGUGACGUCUCGUGAGCGCAGUGAUGUUCAGCUACAGCAGGCCGAGCGUCUUCACCUGGACUGGCACUCUGAGGGAGUGUGUUCAUCCCACAGCUGCCCGACCCAAAGUCACCAUGGCGUCUCCCAGCUCCAGCGGACUCGAGGUUCUCCUCUCCACUCUGGAGAACGCUGGAGACAUCGAGAGCAUGCUGAACAUCCUCAAUGUGCUGGAUGAACUUCUUUCUGCAGGUACAGACCGGCGUAUUCACUACAUGAUCUCUAAAGGAGGAAGUGAAGCUCUUCUCUCAGCGCUGGUGAAAACGGCUCAGUGCUCCAGUCCAAACUUCACACUGCUGCUGCCCACAUUACACCUCCUCGCUAAGGUGGGACACAGAGACCGCAUGAUCGGGGUGAAAGCGGAGAAAGCCGACGCCGUGUUAUUGACACUCAGACUUUUACGGCAAAACUCGGAAAAUGACAGGAGAGCGGCGGCGUGUCUGUGGGUCAUCACCACCUUCUGCUCCUCCAUUUCCACUGCCACACUGUUAGGAGAGAAUCGAGCUCUGGACGUUGUGUUUAAGCUGAUAACACCACCUGCUGCAAAACACACUCGCACAGUCAAGGCGGCUGUCGACGCCUUCGCUGCUCUGUUAUCCUCAAAGGAAAAUGGCCGCCUGGCGGUGGGAAAAGGUUACAUCUCGGGCUUGUUGAGAGUUUAUGAAGACUGGCACAUGCAGGACGCGGGGAACGAGAACGUCGGCGUACGCAGAGCGUUCCUCCACUGCCUGCACAGAGCCGCCAAGACCAGCGCCGCGAGACACGCCCUCGUUUCUGAGGGAGGAGUCGCGGUGCUGUAUAACACCACACAGGCGUGUUUGUUGAUGAAGGACUCGGAGUCUCUGGUGGAAAGUGCAGUUCAGCUCAUGAGGAAAUGUCUCCCAAAACUUCCUCUUCCUUUAAGUUCAGAUCGCAGCACGUACAACUUCCUGCUUCCUGGAAACCCUGAGGAGGCCUGGGAGUCUGACUCAGGAGCCAAUGAUGUAAACAAUGAAGAUGACAGCGAUGAAGAACAAGAAAACGAAGAGCCUGAAUACCACGAUUACGAGGAUGAUUUGGAGACGGAUGUGAAUAAGCUGAAGGCUCGGCCGGAUCCGGAUCGUCCAAAGGAGCAGCUGGAUCAGUACGCACACUUCUGCCCCGAACUCCAUCACAACUUCCAGGAUCUGGACUCCGGCUCAGAGCGAGACGCGAGCUCGGACGAUGACGUCAAAGUCCAGGAUGGCAGAAAAUCCAAACCAUUCUCCAAUAACCGCUCGUCUCCGUCUUUACCCGGAGAGAAGCAGGAAGAGGCGGAUCUCAAGGCCCGAGAUUUCCAUAGUCACUUCCUGAACUGCUCGGGAAAUCAACAGGAAGCCUGUAACAGCAUGUUGGACAGACUUUUGGAGAAAUGUGGUGCCUCAAUUCCUCAUCACGAUCCUCGGCUUUACAGCCGUGUGGCUGCUCACACUAAAUCCAUCGCCGCAUUCUCCAUUCUGGCUUUUCCAGAUUUCUGGGGUCACCUUCCUCCGGCCGGGGCCGAGCGCAUGGCUAACAGGAAACCUCACGUCCAGAGAAAGAAAGUUUUUGAAGACAUCCAGCGCUUCCUCUGUCCUGAUGACAUCAUUAAUAAAGUCGUUUUUGAUAUUGAAGACCCCAGUCCUCAUUGUUCCAACAAGGCACCAGCAGACUCCCUACGCUUCUUCUCCAAGUUUGAGAAUGGGAACUUAAGGAAAGCUGUUCACAUCCGCAGAUAUGAGUAUGAUUUGAUCAUUAACGCCGAUGUGAACUCGUCAGCUCAUCACCAGUGGUUUUAUUUUGAGGUCAGUGGAAUGACAGUGAACGUUCCGUACCGCUUCAAUGUCAUCAACUGUGAGAAAGGCAACAGCCAGUUCAACUACGGAAUGCAGCCCGUGAUGUAUUCAGUAAAAGAGGCACUUGAGGGAAGACCUCAGUGGGUUCGAACUGGAACUGAGAUCUGCUACUACAGGAAUAAUUUCCAGCUGUGUGAAGGUCACAGAAGUCGCUGCUUAUACACUUUGACCUUCACUGUCACCUUUAGGCACGAGGACGAUGUGUGUUACGUGGCCUAUCAUUAUCCAUACAGCUUCUCCGCGCUGCAGUCUCACCUCCAGAUGCUGCAGCGCUCUGUCGACCCGCAGAAGAUUUUCUUCAGACAGCAGACAUUGUGUAACACACUCGGGGGAAACGCCUGUCCUCUGAUCACCAUCACGGCCACGCCCACCUCACACACCUUCAAACACCUGCACCAGCUCCGAAACAGGCCGUGUGUGUUCCUGACAGCGAGGGUGCAUCCCGGUGAGUGUAACUCCAGCUGGGUGAUGAAGGGAACGCUGGAGUUCCUGUGCAGCAACGACGCCGUGGCCGAGAGUCUGAGAGAAACGUUCAUCUUCAAAAUCAUCCCCAUGCUGAACCCUGACGGAGUGAUACACGGCAACCACCGUUGCUCUCUCAGCGCUGAUGAUCUGAACCGUCAGUGGCUGAAGCCGAGUCCCGUCCUCAGUCCCACCAUCUAUCACACUAAAGGACUGCUGUAUUACCUCUGCAGCAUCGGCAAAACCCCGCUGGUGUUCUGUGAUUAUCACGGUCACUCGAGGAAGAAGAAUGUGUUUCUGUACGGUUGCAGUGUGAAGGAGACGCUGUGGCAGUCCGGCUCUCCGAUUAACACCACUUCACUUAAAGAGGAUCCUGGAUACAGGACGAUCGCUAAAACUCUGGACCGAAUCGCUCCGGCGUUCUCCUUCAACAGCUGUAAUUUUUUGGUGGAGAAGUCGCGGGCGUCGACGGCACGUGUGGUGGUCUGGAGGGAGAUGGGUGUCUUACGCAGCUACACCAUGGAGAGCACCUACAACGGCUGCAAUCAGGGCAUCUACAAGGACCUGCAGAUAGGGACGUGUGAGUUAGAGGAGAUGGGGAUGAAGUUCUGUCAGAGUCUCCUCACUCUGGGGAAAAACUCCAUCAACUACAACAGCCGCCUCGUCAGCCACGCAGCCGCCAUCUUGGACCUGGACAACGGCCUGAUGGACCACAAAUCCCACAACUGCUUCGAGGACGAUGAGCCUCCGUGUGUGGAGAACAUCGAGUACUCGUCCUACAGCGAGAGCAACAGCGCCAACGAGCUGGACGAAGAAGUCGACGGAAACACGUCCAGCGCCGACGAGGAUGAGGAUGAGGAUGAUGGAGAAGAUCGCAGCGGGAAAACCCGGCACAGGAAGUCGGAUCUGUUCCCUCACGCCUGCCGUCAGGAUUCCUUCGAGACUCUGAGCCUCAAGAGCAGCAACAACAUCGACAUCAACAACACGUACCUGAGCUGAGCUUUAACCAGAGCAGCGUUUAACGAUGAAACGUCUAUAGAUGAACGCAACGACAAAAGAUCGGCAGCUAACAAGCAACUAAGACAUUAAAUAUAUUAAUAUUAAUAUAGCUAUCAUAUGUGGCCUAAAAUUUGCUUCUUUAGUUGUAAAGCUAUGAGGCUAAACAAGGCUAAUUUGGCAGAGCUAGAAAACUUUAUUUAAAAAAAUAGUGACAAGCAUAAACAGUCAUUUAAAAAAAUGACUUACGAAAAAUAAGAAAGUAUCGUUACUUAAGUACCAUCAUUACACGAUAUCAGAUUUACAGGUUUCAGAACCCGCAGUGUUCAAUAUCUGAAAAAAAAAAAAAAACGUUAGGGCUAUCAUAUGCUACAUAAAGCUUGUCUUUUGUUAGCGACAAGCUAACCAGCUAACGCUAGUGAUACGAGUAAGCGUUAACGUUCAUGAUGUUCUCAAAAGUGUACGAACAAUGUUCUGGAUUUAAUCAACGAAAGCAUCUGUAUGUUGAUUGAUGUAAAAAAAAAAACAAAAAAAAACAAAAAAAAAAAAACGUUAAUCUUAUUUAAAAAGUGGAGCUGGAGGACAACUUCCUGACGUUCCGAGUGGGAAUUCCAAGCUGGUUGUUCAGUCGGAAAUUCUGAGUUACGAGUUUUAUUCGAACGCAGCGUUAAACUCGAGCUGUCAAACUCCUUUUGAAAAAUAUCUAUUCGAAUUUGAAUCAUUUGAAUAUUUAAAUGCAUUCGCAUAUUAAUGAGCCUCUAACAGCACGGUUAGUUACUCCAUGAUUUUAGAUCACGUAAAGAACAGAAAGUUGAAAAUAAUCCAAAAACGUUACUCUAUUUAUACUAAUUUAGCUAAUUUAGCUAGCUUAGUGAGUGAGUUCCCGCCCACACAUGCUUACAGAUGAUGUAACGUUAAGAAAAGAAAAGCUUUAUAUUUACAAUUUUUGGCGAAUUUUUUCCACCGUAGCGUUAAGGAGGUUCCUUAGCACCAGGAAUACGUUGCACUCGGAAUGUGAUGGAUUACUAAACACGCACAUUUUAGUUUAAAAAAAAAAAAAAACGAAAACAAUGCACUCGGAACAUCUGACAAUUCCGAGCAGAAAAUUUUGUACCGGAAUUUUUUUCUUCCGUAAGAAAAGAACGUGAAACGAAUCACAAGAUAAUUUCAUCCCCUUGUUUUCUGCACAAAUAACAGUGAACAGCUCUGGCAUUUAAACAGCUGUAAACGUCUCGCUGUGAGACACACACUUAAUUACGACUCGAUUUUAGCGACUUUUAAAAAAAAAAAUUCGGGGUGGAUUAAUGAAAUAAAAUAAAUUAAAAUAUUAAAAUACACUAUGGAUAAAGAUAAAUAAAAUAUUGAAUAUUUAUUAUAUUUCCGAGCCAUUAAAAAGCGUUAGGAUUGCGAUAAAUCAAAAAUGGAGCUGAUUCUAAUGACUCGAUUUGCUCAGAAAAUAAUGUCCAUUUUAUGUAAAAUAAAUAAAUAAAUAAAUAAAUGUUUGUUCAUUUAUUAAAAAUUUUAUGAAGUUACACAAAAGCACUUAUUAAAGUUAACUUUAUAUAUUAUAAAGGUUUUGUGCAUUUCUUACAUCCUGUAAAACAUUGAUUUAUCAUUUUAGUGUUUGUGUUUGUGCAGAAUUUACUGUCGGAUAAAAAAAAAAAAAACUUAAUUUUUUUGUUUUAUUUUUAAUUUUUUGAUUUAUUU